AUGGCCAGCCUCACCUUGUCUAUAUCAGAUGUGGAAGCCACCACCCUCACCACCACCGCUGCCGCCACGACAGCCGCUGCUCAAGCCUCGAAAGUAGAAGUGAACUUAUAUAGAUCUGCACACCUCACACCACACUUGGACCACAGCCACGCCUUGGGAAGUACGUACCCUUCCUCAUGUGCCACUGCCAGCCGUAUCAUCAACGACCUUCGCCGGAGUCAACUGCCGAAAGCACAGAGCGGUCUAGUGAGGCUGAUUCGGGCUGUGCACCUGUUUAUCGCGCUGGCGAGUAAGGAAUGGUGCAAGCACACGACAGACGGGAAUCACUGCAACGGUAAGACGACUCCCUGCCACGACGAGGUGGGUUCUAGCGACGACGUGCACGGUGAAGAUGAAACGGACAACGGCGCAACGCACGGCAUUGACGAAGCCAGAUUGAUAUUCAUGGUCAAGAACAGUGCGGUGUUACAGUCGAUCAAGAUCCGCGUGGAGAUUCAGCGUGCUUUUGAAGAGUAUUGUGCUAUGCAUGAUGACGAAGAGCUGGACGAGAAAGAUGGAGAUGGAGAUGGUGAUGGUGACCAUGACGGCGACACUAAUGACUUGAUUGAGUUGCCUUCUACCAAACAUAUACGGCUGGAAGCUCAGUCGCUGCUCGGUGAGUUUGCAAGGAACCCUCUACCUGAUCUUGCCGAUCUUCUCCGAGGGCGUAGCUGCUGA